AUGUUAAGAUAUGAUAACACUCCUUCCUAUUUUACAUAACAGUAUUUCCUUAUCAGUGCUGGCUUGCACAGUGAAAGGUUUAGUUUGCUAGUCAGCUAGUACUAUCAUUACCUAUUCUGCAGCUGUAAGGUAUAAUAGCAUUUAUACAGGACGUGUUCAUUUUCUUCCACGGAUUCACUUCUGCGCAAAGGCUUCAUGUGGGAAUUUGAAGACGAAGGUCCUGAAGAUACACCCCUGUGCAUUCCACAGCUUCCUUCUGAUCUGUGUCAAAAUGAGCUGAAAUUUAGAUUACAAGCUACUUGAGGCAAGACCUGCCAUUUUUAAAUUUUUUAUAAGAAGUGGGAGAACCAUUCAAAGAAGAGAAGGCUGUUGCUAAAUACCUGCGUUUCAACUGUCCGACCAAGUCUACCAACAUGAUGGGUCACAGAGUUGAUUAUUUCAUUGCCUCAAAAGCUGUGGACUGCCUUUUGGAUUCUAAGUGGGCAAAAGCCAAGAAAGGAGAAGAAGCCCUGUUUACAACUCGAGAGUCGGUGGUGGAUUAUUGCAACAGACUUCUAAAGAAACAGUUUUUUCACCGAGCACUAAAAGUGAUGAAAAUGAAACCCGACAAGGACAUAAAGAAAGAAAAGGAAAAAGAGAAAGGAAAGACUGAAAGUGGAAAGGAAGAUGAGAAGAAGAGCAAAAAGGAUAAUGGAAAAGAAGAAAAGGCUAAAAAAGAAAAAGAAAAAAAGAAGGAUGGUGAAAAAGAAGAUGGCAAGAAGGAUGAGACCCCUGGCACACCUAAGAAGAAAGAGACAAAGAGAAAAUUUAAACUUGAGCCUCAUGAGGAUCAAGUCUUUCUGGACGGAAAUGAGGUAUAUGUAUGGAUCUAUGACCCAGUUCAUUUUAAAACAUUUGCAAUGGGCCUCAUACUUGUGACUGCCGUUAUAGCUGCAACCCUAUUCCCACUCUGGCCUGCGGAGAUGCGCGUGGGGGUUUACUAUUUGAGCGUAGGUGCAGGCUGUUUUGUGGCAAGCAUUCUUCUCCUGGCUGUUGCCCGCUGCAUCCUCUUCCUUAUCAUCUGGUUGAUAACUGGAGGAAGGCAUCACUUCUGGUUCUUACCCAACCUGACCGCUGACGUAGGCUUCAUCGACUCCUUCCGGCCACUGUACACACAUGAGUACAAAGGACCAAAGGCUGACUCAAAGAAAGAGGAGCGACUAGAACCCAAAAAGCAGACAAAAUCUGACAGUGAAGAGAAAUCUGAUAGUGAGAAAAAAGAAGAGGAGGAUGUCAAAGCUGACAUACAGGGAAGCUUGGGAUCAGAAGGUUCUGGAGGAGAGCGGAAUUCGGAUACGGACAGUGACAGGCGGGAGGAUGACCGGUCCCAGCACAGUAGUGGCAACGGGAAUGAUUUUGAAAUGAUCACAAAAGAGGAACUUGACCAGCAGACUGAUGAAGGGGAUUGUGAAGAAGAUGAAGAGGAGGAACAAGAAACUAGGCCUUUACAUGAACAAUCAUAAUUCAGCUAUCAUUUGGGACUGAAUAUUGUGCAGAAAGAAUUGGAUUUUCUAUGUUGGCUGCUACACUCUUUUGACAGCGUUUUCCCCCAUUUGCUGAAGUAUACAGCUUAGCCAAACAUCUUUAUAAAAUAGUUCGUAAUUUGAUUUACAAACUAAAGAAAACUAUAACUUGUUAUCAGUUUUAAAUAAUGUACACUUAUAAAAGCUUCACAAGUUUAACAGCUUGUCAAUCAGUAGACAUUUUGUCUAGAUGGGUCAUCAAACAUAUAGAGGAAUAUAGUUCUCUUCAUAGUUUGAGAGAUUGCAUGUUUUCAGUAAGUAAACAUUUCUGCAAUAGUAAUUUAACACAGUAAUUCUGAAUGAAUUUGAGAGUUUGCUCAAUUUAUUCUCAGCAGAUUCAUUUGAUCGGUACUUAAUGACAGAUUUUUCAGUUCAUCCUGCUGUUAACUGUUACUAAAGCUGUAAGACUUUACUUAGAAAGUUUUCAUUUAAGAAGAUAACUUUUUUUUUCUUAAGACCAACAAAUUAUUGUUGACUUGGCUGUAGAUUUUAAGACUCUCUUCAACUGUGUGCAACCAACUUAGGAAAUCCAGUCUGUUCUGCCAAUCUGGUUUGGAACGCAUCAUCUCCAGCAGGUGAAAGAAAAAACAGGAUAAUGUAGAGAUUAUAGCUGUUGACUUGACCUGCCCCAUCAUAGUACAAGAAAUGUAUUCUGUACAUAACAUACAAAUAAAGCAACCCCCUAUUUUACCUGUUAGUUAUUAUUUGGAAGUUUUAUCCAGUUUUCAAUUUGUAUAAUUAAAAGCCAUUUCAGAAUGUAUAUAUGGUAGGAAAAUUUCACAGAAUCAGCGAGACUGGCAGCUGUGCCCACGGCAGCUCCUGUGCCAACAUUCCACGUAUUCAAGUUUAAGUUAACUGAUUUUGAUUUCACAAGCGCAGACAGUGCAGCUCGGUGUAAUGCCUUAAUGUUGAUCUUCUCUUUCUGUCUUGAAACAACAGAGUACUGUAUCUGAUGAGUUGACACUGCCAUGAGAGAGUGUUCACCGGAAGAGUAGGUUUUAAGAAGAAAAAAUCUCACACAAAAGAUAACCAAGACCAAAUAAUUCCUUGAAAUCUUGAAGGAGCUCGAUUAGCCUCUUUCUCUCUUGCACAUAUUUGACUGACGUGGGAGACCAUUGUGUGUUUAGUUCUAUAAACAUUUUUAAAGUUAAGGCUUUACAUCAUUCCUCUGAUUUACUGAAUUUCAGCCUGAAACUGAAAUUAUAAAUACAGAUUCAGUGGUUUCCUGUCAAACUGUCAGGCAAUAAUGUUAGUUAUUUGCUUGCAUUUUCAACCGUUGACUUAACAGAUCUCUCCUUUUUUCCUUGAACUGCUUUGUUUUCAUCAACAGUGUUCUGACUGAAGAUGUUAAUUUUUCUGAUUGUGCAAAUAUAUACAUUUUAUGUGUGCAUUGAUAAAAACCAUUCACAAAUGUGA